CUGAGUCCUGGGGUUUAGCACGUUAGUCGGCGAACGGGUGGCAGGGCCUCGUGUCUGAGAGAGAGAGAGAGCACACACAGGAGUACCCAGCCAGCCGCACUUCCUUGGCCAGUCACAGUUGCCACUGGAGAGGGGGAAACCCAGUCCUGUAGUUCUAUAGCUCAACUGAAGUGCAAUCGUUCGAUCCCAUGGACCGGCUUAUUGACUCCGCACCUGAUGAUGGGUCCUUCAUGUUCACCUCCGAGUCCGUGGGAGAGGGGCACCCAGACAAAAUCUGUGACCAGAUCAGCGAUGCCGUGCUGGACGCUCACCUCAAGCAAGACCCGGACGCCAAAGUUGCCUGUGAGACGGUGUGUAAGACCGGCAUGGUGUUGCUUUGCGGGGAGAUUACGUCCAGGGCCAACGUGGACUACCAGCGCGUGGUGAGAGACACCAUCAAGCACAUCGGCUACGACAACUCUGACAAAGGCUUUGACUACAAGACCUGCAAUGUUUUGGUGGCCCUGGAGCAGCAGUCCCCCGACAUCGCCCAGGGUGUGCACAUAGACCGGCAUGAAGAGGACAUCGGGGCAGGAGACCAGGGCCUGAUGUUUGGCUACGCCACCGACGAGACGGAGGAGUGCAUGCCGCUCACCAUUGUCCUGGCACACAAGCUCAAUGCCAAGAUGGCCGAACUGCGGCGCACCAGCACCAUCCCAUGGCUCCGCCCUGACUCCAAGACGCAGGUGACGGUGCACUACGCCCAGGACAAUGGGGCUGUUAUCCCACUGAGGGUGCACACUGUGGUGAUCUCAGUGCAGCAUGACGAUGCCAUCAGCUUGGAGGAGCAGAAGCACAUCCUCAAAGAGAAGGUGAUCAAGCCUGUGGUGCCUGCCAAGUACCUGGACGAGAAGACCGUCUACCACCUGCAGCCCAGCGGGCGCUUUGUCAUCGGUGGUCCCCAGGGUGAUGCUGGUGUCACUGGCCGGAAGAUCAUCGUGGACACUUAUGGAGGGUGGGGUGCCCAUGGGGGAGGGGCCUUCUCCGGGAAAGACUACACCAAGGUAGACCGCUCGGCUGCCUAUGCUGCCCGCUGGGUGGCCAAGUCCCUGGUCAAAGCCAAGCUGUGCAAAAGGGUGCUGGUGCAGGUGUCCUACGCUAUAGGUGUGGCUCAUCCCCUGUCCAUCUCCCUCUUCACCUAUGGCUCCUCCCAAAAGUCAGAGGGAGAGCUUCUGCAUAUUGUGAACAAAAAUUUCGACCUCCGACCUGGAGUCAUUGUAAGGGACCUAAACCUCAAGAGGCCAAUCUACCAGAAGACUGCAUGUUACGGCCACUUCGGCAGAGAUGAGUUCACAUGGGAGAAGGUCAAGGAACUGAAGUACUAGGACUGGUGACCCUGCCACCAUCACCCGCCCACCUCACACAGAGGUGGGGUGGCAGGGCGCUGAGAGAGGAGUGGCCCUCUCUGUGACAAAGAAACCCCAGAACAUUUCAUUCAAGAGUGAUGGGUCUCACUAAUCCCCUGCUCAAAAGACAAAUCCAUGAAUCGGCACCUGGAUACCACUAUUACGCUGCGUCUAACUUCUUUUUUUUUCUGGUCUCAAAUUUCUAUAAGGUUAUGCAAACUUUAUUUCCGUUUGUUCCUUUGAACAGGUGCUGCAUCACUGGUAGGUUUGGGUUUUGUGCUUUUACAUUGGGUGGUACCUCUGUGGCAACCAGCAGAUUUCACUUCAAUAAUGGCAGCAGCGACAGCUACAGCACACUAGCACACUGAACACACGCAGAUUACAACGCUUACAGGCUGUGAACACGUUCCAGUUUUGCCUCACAUUUUUCAUGUCUCGGGAUGUGCUUCUGCUUCAGGGAAAUUGACGGCUCAGAGAUAAACUACUUCUCCCACCCUCUGAUCAAUUCAUAGUUGGACGGUUGCAUUUUCAGCAACCCAGAUCUAAAUGACUAUCCGUUUGCAAGAUUUCAACAUUUGCGCAGGUAAAUGCCAUUCUGAAAGCCCGUGUGGACUUUUCUCUUGCUAUUAAACCUGCUUUUCAUUUAGGCCAUCUUUCCUACAUGGCUCACAUCUCCACUGAAUUUGUGUCUGUGAUCUGUGCACUGGCAAAGACACAUAUUUAAAAUGCUGAGCUCAGGGUUUCAGAUGUGAGAUGUAAGCGACGGUCUUUUUGCAACGCAAGACAACUCAGGAUGCAGAUGGGGGAGUCCCAGGGGGAAAAGAACUUAAUUCAAAAAUACCAUUACAAAAUUACAGGCAAAAACGUCCUUUUACUGAUUUUUCAUUGUGGCGAGUUCCAUUCUCAAAAUCAUCUACUUCUCUCUCUCUGUCUACUUCUAAGAAAUUCAGGGGUUAGCUCAUUAAUUGGCUCUUUUGCAUAUACAGGGGAAGUCAUCAGCAACAAGUGUGAUUGCAUACUGUGGGUUUUGAACUACUUUCAGGCUAACAUGUAAAUACGCAUACUUUGUGCUGUUUCUAGAUAGUAUCAUUUUCUCCAUGGAGACAGAGACUUUUGGGCUGGUCUGUGCUUGCUUGCGUCUAAGCAGAAAUGUUAACAAAGCUAUAGGUAGGAUGACUUCAACCUGUUAGAUGAUUACUUAUUGAUCUCAUGGCCAUAUGUGGCAAGCACUUUGUUGCGCUAAAUGAUUUUUUGUUGUUGUUUGAACUGAACUUACGGUAUUUGGGGAUCCUCGCAUAAUUUGUGCAUAAUUGAUUAUGAUAUUUAUAAUUUACAGCAUGCUGUGAAGAAAAGGUGUGAUUUUUUGUGGACAUCACCACAUUUUUACUAUUUUAUAUUUUGGGAAAAAUGCUUUCAGAAAUAUUUUUGGGAUGACGUUGAACUUUACGUUUCUCUCAGAUGACAUUUCAAUUUGGUAUAAACACCGCAGUGUGUCUUAAUUUUACUAAACCUUGAUCUUCUAUCUUAUGUUGUUCACUCAGAUUGUUAGCAUGCAGGGGCUGUGUUCAAUAGACGCUUAUGAUUUCAGGGCUGAAUUCUUGUAAAGACGGCCUGUUUACAUGUACAGUGUAGCCUUGUACGCUAAGCUCUGCAAAAGCCGCUGUAUACCGAGCACAUCGUUAAACGCUGACUGCCGCAACGGAGGAGCUGUAUUGCCCACCUAUGGAGAUGCAUACGUUUAAAUUUGUACUGCACUCCUGGGAUGGCAGUCCUCAGAAAUCUGGUGAACUCUUCCAAAGAAAGCCCCACCUCUGUUUAUUUCAGGUAAUAAUCAGCACAUGACAGUGGUGUCUGCAGAACAUGUGACUUACAUAUGAACAGCAUUUUGACGUCAGAGGUCAUUCUGUGAACACACGCAUCAGCCUUGCACAUGUAGCAGCCCUAAGUUGGUCCCACAGCGCCUUAGAGUGACCGUUUUGCACCAAAACCCUCGCCCUGAGCAAGUAAAAUGUGACGUUUCUGAGAAGGCAAAGGAAAAGAUAAAACCUAGGUCUUACAGUGCAAAUCUGCAGCUCCCAUUGCUGUGUCUUAAUGCUGUUAAAGGUGCUAAUUUCUGCCCCCUCUUUGUUUGAUCCGUGAGUACUCAUAACUCACGCCAGUCUGUAAAGAAUGUUGAAAAUGUAAAUAAAUGCUGACAAUCAAAA